AUGGGUAACAAAGUUGUCAUUAAAAGUGGAUCAUCAAAAGAACUCACACCACAAGUUAUCGCCUUGUUGAAAGCAAGUUCUAAUCUUAGUGAAAACGAAAUCAUAGAUUUAUAUGUUGUUUUUUGGAAUGAUUUUCCGUCUGGCAGAAUGAAUAAAGAAGGAUUUAUAAAAUAUUACGAAGAAAUUAAAGAUGAAAGGGAUCGAGCAAAUGUUUUGUGCGAUCAUGUCUUUGCCGUGUUCGAUAAAGAUCAUGAUGGCACAAUUGAUUUUUAUGAAUUCUUAUUGGCUAUUGCUACACGUUCUCCAGCUGAUCUAGAAAGUCAUCUAAAUUAUGUAUUUGAAAUGUGCGAUGUUUCAGGAGAUGGACAUAUGGAUCUAGAAGAAUUAGCAAGUUUUCUUAAGGCUUCAUUAACUAUUGCGGGUAAACUGGAAGGAACAGGUAAUGAUUAUGCAAGAGAACUUGCUAUUGGAGUAUUUAAUACGCUUGGUAUUACGGAAGGAAACAAAUUAAAUAAGGAUCAAUUUAUUAAAGGAUGCAAAAAUGAUUCAAAUCUUCGUGAACUGUUCGGUGGUGGGCAUUGA